AUGUUUAUGCCCCUGCAUCACAGUGCCGGGGUUCAUAUCAAGGAGCCCAUUGAAAAGCAUCUCACUCAAGCAAGCGAUGACGUCACACGAAUCAUCGAUUUUGCACCUAUCGUUGAGAGGUUCGCUUUACAGGGAUUCUCGAACAUGGCAUCCGGACAGACUUGGAUGAACAAGACGUCACAUGCAUUAGUCUUGCCGUCUUCCAAGGUCAAUGGUGGUUCAUGA